AAUCGUCAAAACUAACCAAUCAAAAGUAUCAUUUCGAAAUAUACUUCCGUUUUAUUAAACUUGACAUAUAUAUAAUGGAUAUAAAACAGUAACUUUUAGUUUCUGAUAUGAUGACCAUGGCGAGGAUAUGUGAUUUCUGUUUUCUUUUAAUUCUUAGUGUGGCCGUUUCAGCGAAUAAAACCUACAAUCCUGAGCAACAAACACCAUUAGGAUCACUGUGGACCUUUACAGAUUGUACAGACAUUCUUCGGCAAGGUUUUAUUGCUAAUGGUGUUUACACCAUCAAGCCAUCGACUCUUUGGCGACCACUUCAAGUUUACUGCGAUCAAACGACUGCUGGGGGUGGCUGGACUGUGAUUCAAAGGAGACAAGACGGUUCAGAAAACUUCACCAGGUCCUGGAUCGAUUAUGCCUAUGGAUUCGGGUCCCUGAAAGGUGAAUUCUGGCUUGGGAAUGAGUUCAUACACCGACUGACUUCAACAGUACCCAAUGAACUGAGAAUAGAGUUGCAGGAUUUUGAAAACGACUAUCGCGUGGCUAAGUACGGACGCUUUGUUGUUGGACCAGAAUCCGAUCUGUAUAGAUCAACGAUUGCUUUCUUCAGUGGAAACGUCACAGAUUCGUUUGCUCCUGGACACAAUAACAGGCAGUUUUCCACUGUCGAUAACGGCCCAUCACGCACCUGUGCAGAGUCGUACAAAGGUGGAUUCUGGUACAACAAUUGUCAUGCGGUGAACAUAAACGGUUUAUAUCUUAAAGGAAAACAUGAUUCCUUUGCUGACGGUGUCGACUGGCUGGGUUUUAGAGGUUAUCAUUAUUCUCUAAAAUUCACUGAAAUGAAAAUAAGACCUUAUUAAACAUUUCACAAGUGCUUUUAACGCCACGGCACUGGACGAUUUUCUGUCCAUUUGAUAUUUCGGUAAUAAUUCUCUGAACAUUAGUUCUUCGAUAAGUGUAUUGUUGUAAUAUCUUCGCUUGAAACUACUGUAAAAGGAUAGCAUUUGCAUAUUUUGAAAAUGUAUUUAGUGUAACCAUGUAUAAGAAAAACAUUAAGCUUAAAAUAAAAUCCUUACCUUCCAAAAAACACGUCGAUUUCUUGUUGUGUUUUUUAAUGAAAUAACCAUAAGGUGAUAUGUAUAAUAUUGUCGUACAUUGAAAUCACAUUUAUUUUAAAUCAAGUCAAUUACUAAGAUCGUUUAAAAUAUGUAUGUUUAAUAUCAAUUUAUCAUCGAUUCAUUGUGUGCUUAUAUACCUUAUUAUAUGCCGAAUACCUUAUAAGUCGACAUGAGCGGUGGGAGGGAGGAAACGUAUGGUAGUCCGCUUUGUCCGCGUGGGUAUGGAACGAAUGUCCCAGAUAAUUAGAUAAUUUAGUAAAACAUACUUGACUAUUAUGCCUAUUUAGUUUAUAUUUGCAUAUGCACCAACAUGUGUACUACUUAUAAAGAAAGCAUUUUCCUUUCAUUUGUUUCACACCAAAAUUUCGUCCCAAAAA